GAGCGCAGGCUGCGCGAGCGGGCCCACGGUGCCCUCCAGAUGCAGAGGCUCUUCCGCGGCAGGCUGGGCAGGAGGCGCGCGGGCCGCCCGCGAGGAGGAGCUCGCCGAGCACGAAGCCGCCAGGCGCCUUCGGCGGCUGGCGCCGCGGGAACAGGCCGCGGUGUGCAUCCAGCGCCACCACCGUGGGCACUCCGCGCGGGGGCGGCUGCGCGCGGCGCGAGCCCGCGGGGACGCGGAGGCCGGGCGGCUGCGG